UCAAUAAUAAAAAAAAAGCGUCCUCUAUAAUAGCUAUCAAUCAUGGCGGACUGGGAUGAUGAUGAUUUUGACGUUGAUGCCGGUUUCGCUGGUGAUGGACCCGGUGAUAAGUGGGAAGGAGAGGAUGAGGAAGAAGUGAAGGAUAACUGGGAAGAUGAAGAGGAUGAAAAAAAAUUGCCAGCAGCAACAUCUGAAUCAGGUGGUGUAAAGGCAUUUCAGGUACAGAAGAAGAAACCACUAUCAGAAAGAAUACAAGAGAAGGAAGAAGAAAAGAGAAAAAUUGCUUUAGAAAAACAGAAACAAAAAGAAGCGGAAGAGAAAAAAUUAACACCGUCUGAGAUUCAGGCUGAAAAAGCAAGGCAGCAGCAAAUACAAGAGGAGGCAGACCUUAUGUUAGCAAAAGAAAUGUUUGGAUUGUCAACAACUACAGGUCCUUCUAUAGACAAAAUGCAGCCUAACAAUAAGGAAGAAUUUGCUGAAUUUGCAAAAUUAUUAAAAGAAAAGAUUUUACAAUUUGAAAAAUCACCGCACUAUUGUGAACUACUUGAAGAUGUUUUUCCAGGAGUAAGCGCUGGUUGUAAGUAUUAUGUUGACUGGUUUCUGUCUCCGAUAUAUUUGUUUCCCUUAAUGAAAAUGAGGUGCAAGUACACUACUAUUUGCGACAUAUAUACUGGGUUAGAUUCAAGAGUUUUAUUGCUUAAAAUUGAUGGAAAAACUAUUCAUCAAUGGUGUGUCCAGCACUAA